AUGGUGGCACAGGGGCCAAAGAAAAAGAAUGUUCACAGUUCCGUGAAUGUAAACUCAAAAGUGGUCGAUGAACUCGUGAAAGUGACAUCCUCGAGGGACUUGACUUUAGUAGCAGGAUUCGUUCAACAUGGCAGCAUGAUUAAAGUAUUGAGUAAUUGGUCAUAUUUUGCUUCUCUGAACGAUCACCACCACUUCAGUGAUUGCUCACUGAAGAUGUCGCGAUUAACAUAUAUGGCUAAUGUGAUCAGUGGUAUUUAUUCUGAUAAGGAUUAUCAAGGUUUGAGCCAAAUUGAUAGUGCACAACUACAACCUAUGAUUGUGACAUUUUAUAAAGAGUUACUCCAUGGUCACUUAAAAGCUAUAUAUAGAGCUUUAUCUAGCUGUAAACCGUCGCUAACGAAUCCAGUUUUAAGAAUACUCACCGAUUUGGUUAGCAAUAAAAGUUUGGUGAGUGAAUUUCUAGACCUUUUUGAUAUAAAUCUAAGUGUUCUUCCAAAAUUAUUGAUUCCUACGAAAGCGGAGCUUGAAAAUGGAUUAGCAAAUUCUUCGAAAGACUUUUUAUCGAUACGACACAAUUUCAUUAAAUUUUGGCUUGCUUUAAAUUCUAAUGCAUCGGCAUUCACAAGAAAGACCUUGCUUACAAGAUAUCAUUCCAUAAUGAAUAAUCUCUGGAAAUAUUUGUCUAUUGUCGAUUCAACAUCGACUUUAACACUAAUAUUCAAUUUUAUUGACUCAAAAAUAUUAGAAGAAGUCGUGUUCAGAAAAUCAAUUAAGUGUAAGAUAUUGAAUGAAAACUUUAUGUUUAAAGCCCAGUUAAUUUUCAAUAGACAGGAGAAUGAAGAAUUCAAAGAAUUCUUCAUGAAAUUCAUGACUAAACUUGCAACAGACCUGAAGCGAGGUUUACUAUUUCCAAAUGAUAGAACGUGGCAAUUCCCAGAAGUGGAGGGUGUGGCCAUCGUAAUCAAUAAUACUUCAUUCAAAAUUUGCAAUAAAUUAUUGUACACAUUAUUGACUGCCAUAAAACCUUGGGAAUCGAGUCCUCAGCUUCAGUUUUGUAUUGACAUAUUGAGGGCAGCUCCUGAAUUAGUUCUGCCAUAUUUGAAUUGGAUGAUACAACACGGUGGGGGUUACCAUGAUCCUACCUUAUCUUCUUGGUGGAUUGGCCACACUCUAUUAUAUUGCAGAAUUUUACAGCUACCUCUUCCUCAAAGUAUCAUGGAGCUCUCUGAAAUGAAUUUUAUAAACGAUGAUGUUCAAUUAAACCUAUCUAGGAUUGUGGAUAACAUAGCUCUACCGCCUUUGUCAAAGUCUUCCCUUUCAAAGUGCAUUGAUUUUGAAUAUGACCUCGUGUCUCAGUUAUCCCUACAGUUAAUAAUGUUCGCUUUAAGAAAAUUGAAAGCUUUUUUGUCAUUAGGUAUAAUGAAGUAUAAACAAUCAUUGACAGAUUUGGUAUUUCUGAAUCUUCCUGACUUGUCAUAUUUGGUUCAAUUAUAUAAUAAAUUAGGGAACGAAAGAAAACCUAAAGAAAGGAAUGUAAUGAUAUUAACUCUAUCGAUGAUAUUUAAAGAGUACGAAGAAUUAUAUCCAAAAAUUAGCUCGGCUUCUUUAGCUUUAACGAAAAUUACGGUAUCGGAAUCGAACCAGAUUUUGAAGAAAGACUUCAACUCUUUGAAAGGAUAUGACAUAGCAUUGUUGGACAACUAUUUAUCUAUACAGUUUAGCCAGCAAUUAGAGCAAAAUAUCAAAUGGUGGCAUAAGCCCAAUAGUGGAAAUUCUUUCUUUACAUGCUUAGUCAAAUUGUCAGCAACGAGCCUGCUAGACAACUAUUUUCGUUGGAAAUUGAUUAAUAUUUUGGAAUCUUUGACGACGCCAUAUUUGUUUCUCAACAAAAGGUUGAUAGUCUCUCCUAUAAUUGCAUUGAUUGAGUCUUUAAAAUUGUUCGGCUCUAAUGAAAGUAUCUGGAAUGUGUUAGAUGAGGUAAUUUCUAGGUCAACAAAAUUUCCCUAUAGAUUUCUUGAUAAAUCCCAUAAAACCUUCAAUGAUAUAAAUGUUUUCACAAUAUGCUUGGUUGAUCAGCUAAAGGUUGUCUUGAAACAGGAUACGGGCAACACAAAACUAAUAAUGAGAUGGCUUUUCUUAUACUUUAGAUAUUUAGUUGUAAUAGGAGAGCCUAUUGAAUCCAUAGUUGAUCUAGGAAAUGAUUUGAUAAAUGAAGAUGAGAGGUAUUUAUCUAUCGCUGCAGAAAACCAUUUAUGGAACGCUUUGGAAUUUCAAAUUCCGUACUCACAACAUAAGAACCAAUCUUUCUUUGAAAAAAUAAUUAACGUAUCAUAUGUUUCAUUAAUCAAAGAUCCUGACAGCCUCGGUAACAGCAUUCCUGUUACUAAAUUCGACUUCGCUGGCCUAGCACUUAAAUUGAAGAUGAUUGUCAGGGAUCCACAGAUUAAGGAUGCUGAAAGUGUCAUGUUUAACUUAUUUUCAAAAAUGGGUAAUUUCUUAAUGGGAGUUAUUCCAAAUGACGAAUCAUUGAAAUCUUAUCUAUUUUCGAAAUAUUUUUGGUCAGAGAUACUUCAUCCCGGGUUGAUAAGUGAUCAUCGUUUGAAUACGAAACAAUAUCUAGCUGCAAGUCUUCUUAACGAGACUUUCCAGCAAAUAUUUCUCACAACCCCACAAGACCCUAAAUACAUUAAAGAGCUAACUGAUUUUGUUUCACAAGCAAUUACAAAUACCGAAUCAAUUCACGAGGAAAACCAAGCAAUAUUAUCUAAGUUUUUUUGGUUAUUUUCUAAGGAAACGAUCAAAUCUUUGAUAAAAAAAUUAAGCUGUCGGAAUCAAAUCGUAUCGAUAAGAUUUUUGGAAUUGUUAUAUAAUGAAAGCAUCAUAACUCCAAUGGAGAUAUUUAAUAGAAUGAUAACUCUCGAAGCUAACACCACUAUUGAUGACCAGAAGCACAGAAUAAUUUGUAAUAUGAUUGAGAAGAACCUUGUUGAUUUUUCUUUUAAGAAGUGGUCACAUUAUUUUGAUUUGGCUUUAGAAAAUAGAGAGCAACAAUAUUUACUUAAGAGCUUAACUAAAAAUGAAACGGUGGACAACAACGAUAAGUGUGAGUAUUUAAAAAAGAAGCUAGAAAAUUUAGUAAGCAAAGACAUACUUUUCUGUACUGUUGGAGCUGCUAUUAUUUCUUGCCCGACUCUAAAUUCGGACGAAAAGCUUACUAUUUUCUUUAAACAAAUGGUGAGUACGGCUUUAAAUCUUGUAAGUGCGAAAAAUUUUGGACAUCAAUUAACGUUUGGGCAAUUGCUUGAAAUUUUUGCCUUUUGCUUACGGGAGAAUUACAUUUCUGAGAUAGAUAAUUACAGCCUUAUUCUAGAAAAAGUUUUUAAUUAUGUGGAAACUCAGGGUUGUGAUUUAGAUAUGAGUAGCGCAUUUGCAUCUCUAGUAUAUGAAGUACUUUCUAAAGUUGAUGCCGAGGAAAGGUUAGCAGUAUGGUUGCAAAAGGCAAUGCUAGUUGUUACCAAAAGAUUCGCGGAAUCAAAUGAGUGGACCAAUGGUUUUAGAACAUUUGUUGUCAAUAUACAAAGGAUUGUCGAACUCCUACUGCGUCAAUCGUCUUCAAUAUGGAAAUUUAUUCCUCCAUCAAUUAUCAACACUCAAUUAGAAGUUUUAUUGAGUCAAAGAUCAUGGGUGAAUGAAGUUGAGGUGUUGAAGUACGCUAACAGUUUACUUUUAACUGGCUCAAAAGCUGAUGUCGACUUUGAAAAGCUCUUACACAUAUUCGUUACUAAUGAGGCAAAUGAACUAACUCAGUUGCCAUCAGAAACUAAUAGUUUGUUACGAAUUCAUUCUGCAUUGAUCAUAUACAUAUUGUUUCACUUAAAUCCUCAUAAGACUUCAACUGCUCAUCUAGUGACUAUUUUGCUUAAGUUUUACUUGGGAUCUAUUAGAGUGGAGGAUAUUCUCUUGAAGAAAGUCCUUAUUAAGUAUGAAGAAAUUGUUCCGAAGUCAUGGAUGUCUUUCAUCAAAUACUGGGAUUUUACAGAGGGUUUGAGCGAUGUCGAAAAAGAUUCACUAGACGAACAAAAGUUGAUAACCGGUAAACAGGUUUCGGAGUACAAGAUUACUUUGAACAAAAAAUUCCUUCUCAAUACGGUUGAUAAUCCAAAACUAUUUCAAGACAUUGAACUCCCAGAUCAUUUACUUAAGUUAUUGAUUGAGUCUCCUUCGGAAGAUAACUGUUUGGAUGCCUUUGAUAUACUGCUUGGAAUUAAGUCAUCUUAUCCUAAGGAUUAUCAGCAUACAAUUUAUGAUCCAGAGUUUCUCUUUUUGUUGAUCAUAAAUUCAGAAGACUUUGUUAAAGUCAACCAGUCACAAACAUCUACGCCGGAGUACUUACUCAAUCUCAAACAACUUUUCGAUUCAAAUUUAUUACAGCUAAUGAUAACAUGCCUUGGAAGUCAAUCUGAAACCCUCAAAAAAAUUUCUAAGAUUUUGUUGUCUGGUGCUUUAAAAUCUUGCAACACUGCUUACAAAGACUAUAAUCUUUACAAAGUUUACAUUUCCAAUGCGUUGUUCACUUUAAGAAGUUGUGAUAACAUACUGCCCAUGGUAUGGUUCAUUUAUGCUAGUUUUGCCCUGAUCAUUUCGGACCCAGAGCACUUUUUGUUCGACCGGGUUUGUAGAUACAUUUCAUCUAGGCCAAUGAUAAAGGUGAAUGAGUUGCCGUUAUACAGUGAUAUAACUUUCGCUUCAGUCGAUAAUAUUGAAUCAGAAGGAAGCAAAAACUACCAUAAAGAAAUAGCUUGGCUACUAGAAAGAUUUAUCAUGGGAAUACAAAAUAUGGACGAUUUGAAUGUCUUAAAAAGACAUGGCGUCAUUGAGUGGGUUUUAAAUCUAUUAAAUUCUCCUUAUGUAUCAUUGAGAAUUAGAACGCUACUACUAAAACUUCUAUACACUAUUGAAGGAUUAGAGUCGGGCUCCGACUUGCUUAUCACAAGGUAUGCACUUUUUGCUUCAAUUGAUCAAAAUGCUGUACGUUUUGCACCAAUUCCUCCUCUGAAAUACCAUGAGCUUGAAGUUGAACAAUUAAAGCUUAAUUUUCAGCAGUUACAGCUUCGUUUAUUUUCUGCUGUCGGAUCCAGUAAGCGUAUCAGGAACUGGACUAGUAAUGAUAUUUACGAACGUAUCAAAAAAAUUCGCAUGGCCUGA